AAUUUAGCCAAGAGUUUAUAUGGCAAUUGAGAGCUUCAAUUUUGUAGGCACAUCGCCGGGCAUGGACUCCAAUCUUCCCGCCGACGAAUCCCAGCUCGAUCUCUACACCAUACCAAGCCGCUCAAGCUGGUUCUCCUGGGACGACAUCCACGAAACAGAGAAAUCCUCGCUCAGAGAGUUCUUCGAUGUAAGUUCCAUCACAAGAACGCCCAAAAUCUACAAAGAGUACAGAGAUUUCAUCAUCUCCAAGUUCAGAGAAGAGCCUUCCAGGAGGCUCACCUUCACGGAGGUCCGUAAAUCACUGGUCGGCGACGUUUUUUUGCUUCGAAAGGUGUUCUGCUUCUUGGAGAAUUGGGGACUGAUCAAUUUUGGUGCACCCUCCAGUGACGAUUCGGUGGUGGAGGGGGAGGAGAGAGAGGAGAGGUGUAAGGUUAGGGUUGAGGAAGGGGCUCCCAAUGGGGUUCGGGUCGUGGAAGUUCCGAAUUCGUUGAGACCUGUUCUGGUGCCGCCUGUGACCGUGAGUAAUGGUGAUGAAGUGGUGGAGAGUGGGUUCAAAUUGCCAUCUUUGGCGUCUUAUACGGAUGUGUACAGUGAGAAGGAAUUGUUGUGUGGGAAUUGUAAAGAACGCUGUGAUUCGGGACACUAUAAGCAUACUAAGGAAGGAAGUUUCAUAAUUUGUGUAAAAUGCUUCAAAAAUGGAAAUUAUGGGGAGAACAAGUCCGUGGAUGAUUUCAAGUUCAUUGAUUUCAUUCCAGACAAAGGGAAUAAUGAAGCUGCCUGGACUGAAGCAGAAACUCUUCUUCUUUUAGAAUCUGUUUUGAAGCAUGGGGAUGACUGGGAGCUUGUUGCUCAAACUGUUAAAACAAAGGCUAAACUGGAUUGCAUUUCAAAGCUUAUACAGCUGCCCUUUGGGGAUCUUAUGGUGGGAUCUGCUCAUAGAAGGGGUGGAUUUUGGGACGCUGAUGGAAACAUGAGCAGUGACAAACAAGUACAAUUAGUGUCAUCUGAGUCUCAAGAGGUUAUCAGAACAGAGGAUCAAUACGAUAAGCCUAAGGAUGAGAGUCAGCAGAAUGGAGAUGCAGAGAACAAUGGACCUCCUUUAAAGAGAAAACGCAUUGCACCACCUUCAGAUGCCAGUAGUUCACUGAUGAAACAGGUUGCUCUCAUCUCUACCAUGGUUGGGCCAUAUAUUACAGCUUCUGCAGCUGAGGCUGCAGUUACAGUACUUUGCAAUGAAAACCAAUGUACAAGAGAGAUAUUUGAUGGCGAUGAUAAUGUGGCCGAUGAGUUAGGACCUACUCAAAAUAUCGAGAAUGAAAGAGUCCUUCAGAUUGAAGACUCGGAGAUGGAAGGAAGGAACAUUCAACCAGAAACUCAUGAUACAUCCUUUGAGGAGGAUCCUAUGCCUAUUACUUUGCGUAUGAGAGCUGCAACAGCAACAGCUCUUGGUGCUGCUGCUGCUCAUGCCAAGUUAUUGGCAGAUCAGGAAGACAGAGAAAUAGAAUAUUUAGUGGCAAACAUAAUUGAGAUGCAGUUGAAGAAAUUGCAUCGCAAAAUCAAGCAUUUUGAACAUCUGGAGCUGAUAAUGGAGAAGGAAUAUGCCCAAGUGGUGGAACUGGAAGAGUCUGUCACAGCAGAGAGGAUUAAUGUCUUACAAAAGGUAUUCAAUGCUGGGAUAUCUAUUUGGAGGGAUAAUACUUUAGUAAAAUCUCAGACGGGUGGUACUUUGAUGGAGUUCUAGUUGAGAUUAGCCUAAUUUUUUUCUAGAUGUCAUGUAAGGAAGUAAAGAAAAAAGGAUAUUCAACAUAAAUUUGCUGGGCUUCUAAUGUAUGUAUCAUCUUUGGUUCUUCAUGAAAAAUUGCUUAAAAUCAAUUUUGUUUACUUCCAACUA